CUUCAUCACAGUAAGUCCACCUUCUAAAAUAUAUUUUGUUUCAUUUAAUGACGGUAUUCAUAUCAAAGUUCCAAUCUUGAAGAACUUGUUAACAAUGGAGCUUUCUCUGUUUUACGUUUAUUUACGGAUAGGAACAACAGUGGGGAAAGCUAUCCCCUUUGGUUUUACUGGGAUGAGGACUCUCAUCAGUGCCAAAGUAAUUCAAUCAUUUUACAAUUUAAAGCCAAAGUUUUAUGCACGAAUUAUAGCAAACGAUUUAACGACAAUAGCAACAUAUUAGCUAUAAGAACAUUAUUUUUAUUAUUCUACCUAUUUCACCGGUGGCGCGUAAAAACAGGACUACGCAAAAGGGGUGCCUCUAAAGCUUUGAAACUACGGCCAUAAGAUACAUGAUCUAUAUAUCAUAUUUUUGGAAAUUGUCUCUAUAUUUUGACUAUGUAAAAAUCAAUAAAGUAAGUAAAGCCAUUAGAUUAAAAAAAAAGCAUUUAAAGUGAAGGAUGGCUUCGUCUAAAUAUGACGCAACGCUUUGUCGCAAGGUCAUUUUCCCCCUCGAUAUGAUUUUUUUUAUUUUCCUUAUGAAUUCAAUAUUUUUAUAUAUUUGAAAAGCAUAUAUUCCCUGCUUUCAGAAGAUAUAAAAAUUAUUUUUAAUGCCUGGCAAAGUUAUAAGAAAAUAGCAAUUUUUUGCACAUGUACGUUUUCUUGCGAUUUUUUUCUCUCAAUGUUUAAACAUAUCGGCGUUUUACCUAUAUUUAUAUAUGAAAAUAGGGAAAAGUAAAUACAGCCUGUAAAAGUAGAGGACAUUUCCUUCUUGAUGGGCCCUUAUUCGUGUUAUAAUUCUCGGUAGUUUUUAUAUUAUGAUAAAAUGAAAUUGGGACAUGCUGCGCGGUUUUUUUUUUGUUUUUUUUUUUUAGAAUUAGCGACAAAACGUCGUCGCUAAAGGCGUUGUAUUGUCCUCUUUUAGUAAAUUCAGUACCUUUUGAUACACUAAAACAAUAUACACAUAUGUAUGAAAUAAUCAGUCAGGUAUUCUCUGCUUUUUAAAUUAAAGACUAGACUUUUUGACAUAACAGACAGUUGCUUCGUUAACAAAAAUGAAAAAGGAAAUAUUCAUAUCUAGUGAUCAAUCAUCCAAAAAAUUAUUUCGUGAAACACCACUCUGAUUCCACGUAGUACAUCACUUUCUGUGGUAAAUAUGAAAUCCCUGAGUGGUGUGUGACCGGUCGACAUGGAAUAAUUACCCCUCUUAUGCACCUUAUUCCACCUCUGGUAUGCCCAGGGGUCCUAGCUCUAUUUUAUAUUCCCGAUAGAAGUUAUGAGAUUAAUCAGUGUUAGAUAUCUUCACCUCUUCAUGUAAUAUAUGCAUUUUACCUCUUCAUGUAAUAUAUGCAUUUUUCCGAUAUCUAAUUAUUAAUCAAGUAGACAUCUACAUGUGUUCUCUACUUGGUCAACGGAACAAAAAAUCUGUUUCAAGUAAAACUGUCGUUUAUACUGUAACUUUUUUGUUGGUGUAUCAGAGGACACACGCUUACAUCUUCCUUAUAUAUCUUCCUUAUAUAUUCAGAGAUCAUUCAAUAAUGGAGUGUAUCAUUGUCAUAUUGUUAUCCGUACUGCUCGUUAUUGUAAAUACAGCUACAACACAGAAGAACAUCGGAGAAACAUGUUCCCAGUGUCAAAGUUGUCCAAUUGGUUAUCACGGUCGUAAUUGUUCCCUGCCCUGUAGAUAUCCAAGCUAUGGCGAGCGAUGUCAGAAAAAAUGUAAUUGUACGGCAGAAUACUGUACCAGCGAUAAGGGGUGUAUCAAUAAAACAAAUUGUGAACCUGGGUACUACGGGAGGGAUUGCUCGUUGCCCUGUAGAUAUCCUAAUUAUGGAGCGAAAUGUCAGUCUGAGUGCAAUUGUACCAAGACACUAUGUAGUCAUAUAACGGGGUGUCAACCCAGUACAGAUAACGUUCUGAUUUACACGACAACAGAAAAGGAAAAAGACGAGCAUUCCACAGCUGUCAAAGAGGACUUACAAACAGUCAUUGUAAUAGGAUGUUCAAUAGUGUUUGGCGUGAUAGUGCUCUUUGUGUCUAUAAUAAUAGCAUUAGUGAAGAGAAACAAACAAUCCAAGCGGAAAAAGGAACAAGAUUGUGACUUUGAUUCCGAAUUUAGUUCAUAUCAAUCCAUACGCAGUGAUACGGAGAGGAGUACGACUUCCGGUAGAUAUUGUCGCAACAUUCAUGAACUUAACGGGAAGCAAGCCCGAAGUCAGGAACUUGAAAUAUAUGAAAACACGUCUAUACAGGAAAAAAUGAGGACGUACCAUCCCUGACUACACCCGUGUAUAUGUGAUCGUUUAAAUCCAAUUAGGUCCGUUUCAUACACUGUCGGUAUGAUCUCCUGUUUUACGAAUAUAUCAAAUUAUAUCUGUCUUGACUGAAUUUUUUCCAAUUUCAAAUUACAUGACAUUGUAUAUAAUUCAUCAACAGGUAAAGGUACAUGUCUCUGGGUAUCCAACAUGUACAUGUUUGUGUAUAUAAGACAAAGCAGAAUUACAUGUUUCAACAAUCGAA